GUUCAUCGUGACUGGACGUUGGUUCUUGUGUGAUUGGCGAUUGCUAGUGGAAUCAUCGAGGAUUUAUGAAAAUGGAAAAUUAUGAGGCAUUUGUAGGCAUUGAUCCCUGUAAGAUACCGCUCUCCAGUGUUGCUCAGAAGAUUAUGUCUGCUCUGCACUCAGGUGACUUAGUGGAGUCUAAGCAUUGGAGAGGGAGUGAAAAGACUGCAGAAGUGGUGAACAAAUCCCAUAUUAAGUGUUCAGUACUUGAAGAUGGGAAGAAUCAAUCGCUGGAAAAGAGGGAUCUAACUUCUUUUACAAGCUGGACGUCACAAGCUUCCAUCAAGCCCUGUCUUCAGCCCUCCGGUGUCGGACUCUUGAGCCAGCUGUCUGCUGACCCCGACCGGAAGAGUGUCAGCUCGCCGGCCGCUCCUAGCAGUCUGCCUGCACUGUGGAAGCAGGAGGCUUCGGUUCUGCAGAAAGAGGAAUGUAAAAGAAAACAAUUCCUAAAGGAAGAUAUGAAUAAUGAAAAAAGAGAAAACGUGACUCUUAAAAGAAAACAUGGUACACAUAAGUUUUCAGGGAGAGCAAGCAAACAUGUGGCCUGGGAAGAAGAGGCUGCUGAGGUCAAAGCCUACCUAAACUGUGGGAACCCCAGAGCCUGCGGAAACCAUUUUUGUGAUAUUAGGUAUUUGGAUGAUUUGGAGCAAAGCCAAGUGAUGGAAGUGCUCCAGGAGGCCGAGGCCCUGGUGGUGACGCUGAUGUAUGAGGACGGCUCUACCCAGCUGGGAGGGGCCCGGGCCCUGGUUUCCUCUGUUAAAGGCAUUGUGAUGUCCGUGCAGAGCCGUGCGGUUGGCAGGGGUCCCCUGGAAGCCUCAGCCGCUGGUGGGGCCCUGGAGGAAGGCCCCCCACUCAGUGCGCAGUGCAUCUACAUCGAAACGGGGCGCUCCUCUACUGGGGGCCGAGAGCAGGAGGCAUAUAUUCAGUUUGCCAGGAAAGUGCUGUUUCAUACACUGAAAUGUAAAUGUCCUGUUAUUUGUUUUAAUGCCAAGGAUUUUGUGAGAACCGUGCUGCAGUUUUUUGGUAAUGAUGGCAGUUGGAAGCAUGUUGUGCACUUCGUAGGGCUGGACCCCAGAAUUGCUGCGUGGCUCAUAGAUCCUGAGGAUGCCGCGCCCUCUUUUGAAGAUUUAGUGGCCAAAUAUCUUGAAAGUUCCAUUUCUGUCACAGUCAGCAGCACAUACGGGAAUUCCUCAAGAAGUGUGGUGAACCAGAAUGUAUGUGUGAACCUGAAGAUACUCUACAGACUCACGAUGGGCCUUUGUUCCCAGUUGAAGGUUUACGGUUUAUGGCAACUAUUUUGUACGUUGGAGCUUCCUCUAAUACCGAUUUUGGCAGUGAUGGAAAGCCACAGCAUUCAGGUGAACAGAGAAGAAAUGGAGAAGACUUCAGCACUUCUUGCGUCUCGUCUCAAGGAAUUGGAGCAAGAAGCUCAUUUUGUUGCAGGAGAACAGUUCCUUAUAAUGAGUAAUAAUCAGCUUCAAGAGAUCCUCUUCGGCAAGCUGAAGCUGCACCUGCUGAGUCCCAAGGACCUUCUUCCCAGAACGGGGCCGCGGGGGCUACGGUCCACAUCAGAAGCUGUGUUAAAUGCCCUGCAAGACCUUCAUCCAUUACCCAAGAUAAUUUUGGAGUAUAGACGGGUUCACAAGACCAAGUCAGCCUUCGUGGACGGACUGCUAGCGUGCGUGGAAGAGGGCUCCAUCUCCUGUACGUGGAAUCAGACUGGAACGGUGACCGGAAGACUUUCAGCGAGGCACCCGAAUAUCCAAGGUAUCUCCAAGCACCCAGUUCGGAUUACUAAACCACAGAAUUUUAAAGGUGCGGAAGGCGGAAUGCUCACCAUCUCCCCGAGGAGCAUGUUGGUGUCACCCGAAGGCCACACCUUCCUGGCGGCAGACUUUUCGCAGAUUGAAUUGCGCAUUCUUGCACACUUAUCUGGGGAUCCGGAACUUUUGAAGUUAUUCUGGGAAUCUGAAAAAGAUGAUGUAUUUUCUACCCUGACUUCACAGUGGAAGGACAUUCCCGCAGAACGGGUGACGCACGCAGACAGAGAGCAGACCAAGAAGGUGGUGUACUCGGUGGUCUAUGGAGCAGGGAAGGAACGGCUCGCCGCGUGCCUGAGAGUUACUGUGCCAGAAGCUGCCCAGUUUUUGGAGAGUUUUUUGCAGAAGUACAAGAAAAUCAAGGACUUUGCCCAAACAACCGUUGCCCAGUGUCACCAGACAGGCUAUGUGGCAUCCGUCAUGGGCAGAAGGAGACCACUGCCGAGAGUCCACGCACGGGACCAGCGGCUCCGGGCACAAGCAGAGCGGCAGGCGGUGAACUUCGUGGUGCAAGGCUCGGCUGCAGACCUCUGCAAGAUGGCCAUGAUCCACAUCUUCACUGCAGUGGCCACGUCGCCCGCCCUGACGGCCAGGUUGGUCGCCCAGAUCCACGAUGAGCUGCUAUUUGAGGUGGAAGAUUCGCAGAUCCCAGAGUUUGCAGCUCUUGUCAGGGGGACCAUGGAGUCCCUGCAACACGUGCAGACCUCGGGGCUGCACCUGCAGGUGCCCCUGAAGGUGAGCCUGAGUGCCGGCCGCUCGUGGGGACACCUGGUGCCGCUGCGGGAGGCCCCGGGCCCUGGGCCCAGCCUGCGCCCUGCGGAGUCUCCAAGCAACCGCCCGGCCCCCGCCAGCCCCCGUGCCGGCACCUACCCCCGGUGCGCACAUUUUUCCCCUUCAUUUUGUCUGUAGCCCCAGGCAACAGUGGGAGGAGAGAACUGGUUUCCACCAGCCCGUCGUGUGGCCGUCCCCAAGGUCAGCACUGGGCGCUUUGUACUGGCUCCGU